UUUAACUCAGUGGCACCUGAUACCUGCUUAAGUGCUAAUGAUGCUGUGUAUCUCUAGGAGGGUGAAAAGCUGGCUAUAUUUGGAACAACCUUGGUCAGUGAAUAAAUACAUCUUCCUCUCACUGUCAAGAGAACCUUUUUGUCCUCUUUCUCUCUCUCUCUCUCUCUCUCUCUCUCUCUCUCUCUCUCUCUCUCUCUCUCUCUCUCCAGCCUCAGCUGGCCUCAGCUCACCAUGUGCUGGGACUGAUCCUCCUGCUUCUACCUCGCAAAUGCUAGGAUUACAGGCAUGUACCACGAUACUCAGUUUAUACUGUGCUGGAGGUUGAAUCUAGGGCCUUGCUUGUUUUAGGAAAGCACUCUGCCGGUGAACCCAUCCCUUUUGUGUGUGCCACACCUCUACAGAGUACUGUCUAGAAACAUCUGAUCUAAAGCUGGGGCUCAGACGGAAUGCUCAGUAAGUGACUAGAAUGCCAGGGUCCAUGUGCCGUGACCUCCUGACCACCACCCGUGCGUGCUGCUACACAGAUGCUUUCCCCCUCUUGCUAGAAUAUGUGGCUGGAGCUGCUUCACCACAAAGGGGCUAUCAUGGUGGACAGUCUUCAUACCUUUACAAAAUUCCAUCUGCCUCCUAGAAAGUGGAGAGCACCAUACCCAGAGACCCCAGGACUCCUGUCUGGAGGAACAGGAACAAGGAAGUGGGUGGCAGAAUGUAUCUUGUCUUCAUGCCGCCUGGGCUCUGUCCAGUUUACCAAGGUGUCCUAGGUACUCUCACCAAGAAAGAAAGUACUGCCAAGAGCAGGAGGUAUUUUUAGCCAAUGACAGGAGUGUCCACUUUUCUUACUGUCUGAGUCAUGCCCUGAACUCUAUUUGGGAGCUGUUUUCUUUGUAACUAGACCCCCAACAAGAGAAGGUAACGAGGGAAUUGGCCCCGUCCCCACACCAAAACUAUAUACCAUACUCAAAGAGGAAUCCCCAAGUUAAGGGGUCUUCUCCACAUGUAUCCAAGAGCAGGUGGAGGCCAGCUUUGCAGACUAGAGAGGAUGUGAUUCUAUUCUCUCACCAAAGCAAACUCUUCUCAUUCACUUUUUCAAGAACCACAGAGGUUCAGAGACUCGCCUGCCCCGGGGCUCCCAAAUCACAUGGAACGGACAGAAGAGAGUCCCUCUGAGAACGGGACCACUGUCUCCCCAACUGCGGGGAAUCUUGACACACCAGGAAAUCAAAGCACUGCGGAGGAGGUGGCCAAAGGUCCAGCUGGGACAAGUGUCAAAGACCCUCCGGAUGAGGCAGAACAGGAGGGUAAAGCAGCCCCCAAGGGGGCUGUGUCGGGGGAGUGUCCGGAGGACGCAAGUGUAUUAGAUGAGCUCAAGGUAGACCUGCAAGGGGAGGCCAGUGGGAAGGAGGAAGCCAAGGGUGACCUUGCAGAGGAGGAGGGUGGGAAGGAGGAGACCACCAUGGCUUCCCAGGAAGAGACUGGCAGGAAAGAAGACACAACACCUGAACCCAGCGAGGUUAAGGGAAAAAAGGAGGCCAUGCUGGCCCCAGAGAAGCAGAAGUCUGACGGAAAAGAGGCCAAUCUGGACUCUAAGGAGAAAUUCGAUGUGAGUGAUAAAGCCAAGCCUGAACCCAAGGAGGGUGCUGGGGCAGAGGUUACUGUCCAAGAGGCUGAGAUGGAAUCUCAGAAGAAGGCUGAUGUGAAGGACCAGGCCACAGCUGAACUUCAGGCAGUCGAUGGGAAGGAGGUCGUCGAUGGGAAGGAGGUCAUCGAUGGGAAGGAGGUUGUCGAUGGGAAGGAGGUCAUCAAUGGGAAGGAGGUCGUCGAUGGGAAGGAGGUCGUCGAUGGGAAGGAGGUCGUCGAUGGGAAGGAGGUCGUCGAUGGGAAGGAGGUCGAAAGUGGCACAAAGGAGCUGGUGGAGCCAGGGAGUCCCACUGAAGAGCAGGAGCAGGGUGAGGAAAAAGAAUCAGAAGAAAGGACAGCGGUGAUUCCCAGCUCCCCCGAGGAGUGGCCUGAGAGCCCCACAGAUGAGGGAACCAGCCUCAGCCCAGAUGGCUUGGGUCCAGACUCUACGGCGUCUGGAGAGACCAGUCCUUCAGCCAGUGAGUCUUCGCCCAGUGACGUGCCCCAGAGCCCCACGGAGCCCCCACCCUCGGAGGAAAAAAAGGAGAGAGCACCAGAGCGCAGGGUGUCGGCCCCUGCUCGGCCCCGGGGACUCCGUGCACAGAAUCGCAAAGCCAUCAUGGACAAGUUUGGCGGGGCAGCCUCGGGCCCCACUGCCCUCUUCCGGAACACGAAAGCCGCGGGGGCAGCCAUUGGUGGUGUUAAGAACAUGCUUUUGGAGUGGUGCCGGGCCAUGACGAGAAAGUAUGAGCACGUGGACAUCCAGAACUUCUCCUCCAGCUGGAGCAGCGGCAUGGCCUUCUGCGCCCUCAUCCACAAGUUUUUCCCAGACGCCUUUGACUAUGCAGAGCUGGACCCAUCAAAGCGGCGGCACAACUUCACCCUAGCCUUCUCCACUGCAGAGAAACUAGCCGACUGUGCCCAGCUGCUGGACGUGGAUGACAUGGUGCGGCUGGCCGUGCCCGACUCCAAGUGUGUCUACACCUACAUCCAGGAGCUGUACCGUAGCCUUGUGCAAAAAGGGCUGGUGAAGACCAAAAAGAAAUGAAUGGCAAAGCCGUGCGGGCGGAGGAAGGGGGGGGCAGCUGACAACGGUAGACUGGGCCUCCAGGCGUGAAACAGGUGGCACCGGUCUCAAUGGCAUUAAAAGAACUGUUGUAAAAUCCCUCUCAUUCCUUGAUGCUCCCCGCACCCCAACCAGCCACAUGUAUGCAAUAGGCGGUGGCCAAAAAUAAAAAGAAACCCGCAUUUGGA